UACGUAGAACCUUGUUUUAAAGUGUCAAUCCUUAGCUAUAAAAGUUGAAAAAUUUAUAAUGUUUUAACUAGAAGAAAAUCGAAGCAGUGUUACUGGCUUACUGCCCCAGACGAUGACGACAGAAUGAUAGUACCUAUUUAAGAUACAUGUUUAUAUUAAAACUUCAUUCAUAGAAAUUUAACUUUCAAUAUUAAAACAUAAUAUAUUAUAUAUUUAUAGAGGUUAAAAACAGUAUUAGUUGUUAAAUAGGCAAAAACUAUUUUUUUAGCAAAAGUUAUUACCUAUUUAAAAUAUAUACCUUGAACUCGAACAUUGUUUUUCUUAUCUCAUACUGAUAUUUUGUUUUUUUUUUUCAGAACGAAAAUGCCUUCGUAUUAUACCAAAAAGUAUAUCGAUAGCUUGUUUAACAAUGUUUUUUAUAAUAAAUGUGAAGUUUUGUUGAUAAAAUUAACUUCAGAAGACAUUGCAAAUUAUAAAUUGAGCUUAAUUAAGAAUAUGGAUACACUCAAAGAAGAUGAUAAUGCAUCAAAACAAGAUAAGAAAUGUAAAACCAAUAUAACAUCUAAAGAUGAGAAAAAGUCAACAGUCGUUAAAACAUCUAAAAACAGUAAUACAUCUAUAGAUAGCGAGCCUCCUAAAAAAAAGCAGAAGUUAGAUACAAAUGGAGUAGAUGUUUUGAAAUUUAAAUUAUCUAGAGAGCGUAAAACUCAUAAAUUUAAUUCACAAUUCAAGUCUGCCUUAAAAUCCAAUAAAGAAAAUAUUGCUUCUACCAAUGCUAAGGAGAUACCUAUGUUAAUUGAUUGUGAUGAAUUUACUGAAUCUGCAAAUUCCUCAGAUAAAAAUCUAAAACCAAGGAUCUGGGUCAUCGAUCCCAAGAAAAUGAUGGAUAAAAAUAAUUACAUUAGGUGGAUGAAAAUGAUUUCUCCUGAUAAUAAAUCCAAACAUCCAACAAAUCGCCUGAAAAAGUUAGCAGUUGCUAAACCUCUAUAGCCUAAACCAUCUUCAGAGUUCAGAUACUACCAAAGUAAGUGGAAUUAAACACCCUAUAAAUGUCAAAAAUCAUGUAAGAGGUAAUCUAACUGAAAUUGAAAAUUUAUAUUAAAAUUAUCAAUAUUUAUGGUAUACAAUAGCGAGUCACAAAUAGAGAAUGGUCCUAAGUGACUAUAAAAACCAAAUAAUUCAUGGUUAAAUGUUAAACUUACUAACCAAAUUAUUUAAAUUUACGACUACUUAGGCUACCAGCUAUAUAAUCAUUCAUUGACUAAUUUUUCUAAAAAUAUUCUGUAAAAUGAAAAUAAGCUAUAUUAUACUUUCAUUAUAACUAACU